AUGGAAUAUCAAUUAAUUCCAAUACCAGGCGAUGGAAAUUGUUUAUUUCGUUCCGUGUCACAUUUAAUAUUCGGCACGCAAGAAGAACAUCGAAGUAUUCGAUUAAGAGUGGUUAACUUGGUGGUAAAUAAUUGGGAUGUGUACAAAGAAUUUGUCAUUGGUGAUCUUUCGUAUAGACUACCUAUUUAUAAUUCUAAUGAUUACGAACAGUUGAUGAGCCUAAAUGGCGAGUAUGCUGGUCACGUCGAACUUGAAUGCAUUAGUCGACUUUAUUCAAAUCAUACAUUUCGUGUGUAUAGAUCUAAUGAUCUUAAUGAAUUUGUAGAUUAUGGUUCUGGUGUUACAAUGUUUCACGUUACUCCCUAUAAUUUGGGUGAUUUAACAUUUAAAUGCGAGCAUUGUCAUUCGUUGCACUUUGAGUGUGAAAAAACGACAAGAGGGCAUUUCAGUUUAUGUUGUGGUAAUGGCAAAAUAUCUUUACCGGAGAGCCGUUUGCCUAAUGAAAUAUUUGAUUUGUUUGUUGGUGAAAAUGAUGAGUCCAAACAUUUUAGAGAACAUAUACGUCAAUAUAACAGUGCGAUGUCAUUUGUCUCUUUUGGUUCUCACAUAACAUUACCAUCGGGGUAUGGGCCUUAUUGUUUUAAAAUACAUGGUGAUAUAUAUCAUCGUAUUAGUUCCCUUUAUCCUAGCUCAGGCCAAAAUCCAUCGUAUGGUCAAUUAUAUAUUUUAGACUUUGCUGAAGCAAACAAAGUUAGAUUAAACAAAUCACAAAAUAUAUUACUUAAAAGUUAUAUACUUGAUAAAUUACACAAUGUAUUAUCUAACAUAAAUCCAUAUGCUAAAUCGUACAAACAAAUGCAUGAACUAACGGUUCAUGGUGGGAGUUCAACUACUAUUAAUAUGAUUAUGCGAUUUUAUCAUGAACCUAGAGAAGAUAUCCGUAGGUACAACGACCCAACAGUUUCUGAAAUCGCAGCAGUAUUUGAAUCUUCAGAUGGCGCACCUCCUUCACAUAGACAAAUAUCAGUUUACCCAAAAAAAGGAGAUAUACAAAGAAUUGAUUACGACAGCAUGCACUGUGACCCUAUGACUUACGUUUUAAUAUGGCCGUACGGAGAACCAGGCUGGUAUAUAAAUAUGCAAUAUAAUGGUAAACGUAAAACUGCCAAAAGAUGCAACAUUUCCAUGCGUGAAUAUGUAUGUUUUCGAAUGGCAAUAAAAGGUACUCCCCCGUGUGGUAAUUUUAAUCCAGUGCUGAGCGCAGGCAAACUGACUCAACAACUGAUCGUUGAUUAUUAUUGUCGUAUUGAAGGUGAUAGAUUGAAAUAUAUUAGAAAUCAGCAAUCAAAAUUAAGAGUAGACACAUAUUCUGGCUUAGCAGACGCUUUACGAGCAACGGCAAACGAAGCCAAUGUUAGAGUGGGAAAAUUGGUCGUAUUGCCUUCUUCGUUUAUUGGAAGUCCUCGAAAUAUGGUACAGAAUUACCAAGAUGCCAUGGCAAUAGUAAGGAAAUUCGGUAAACCAGAUUUGUUCAUUACAUUUACCUGUAAUGCUUCGUGGCCAGAGAUUACUACAAGCAUUCAUUCAUACGAAACAGCAAAUAACAGACCCGAUAUUGUUGUUCGUGUAUUCCAUGCAAAAGUUGAACACUUAUUAAAAAUAAUAAAAACAAAAAAAAUAUUUGGUGAUGUGAAAACUUACAUUUAUACAAUAGAAUUUCAAAAAAGAGGAUUACCUCACGUUCAUUUGUUAGUAGGCCUUGAGGAUCAUUGUAAGUUUAGAGAUGUUCAGGAUAUUGAUAGAGCUGUGUCCGCAGAAAUUCCUGAUCCAAAUCAUGAUAGUACAUUGUAUAAUUUAGUAAAAAAGCAUAAUAUACAUGGACCUUGCGGGAGUCUAAAUUUAAAUAAUGUUUGCAUGGAGAAUGGAAAGUGUAAAAAAGAAUUUCCUAAACAGUUUUCAAGUGUUACAAAAGAAAACUACAAUGGUUAUCCUGUGUAUAUGAGAAGAGAUAAUGGCCGAACAAUAAGUAAAACAGUGAACGGAAAAUGUAUUGAUAUUGAUAACAGAUACGUUGUCCCAUAUAAUCCCUUUCUGUUAAAGUAUUUUGAAGCUCAUAUUAAUGUUGAAAUUUGUGCAAGUGUCCACAGUGUUAAAUACUUACAUAAAUAUAUUUAUAAAGGUCAUGACUGCGCUAAUCUCCAAGUAACUGUCGACCAAACAUCAGUGAAUUAUGAUGAAGUGACCACUUAUUUAAACACUAGAUACGUUGGAUCGUGUGAAGCAGCUUAUAGAAUAUUUUCAUACAAUAUGCAUGAGCAAUCACAUACUGUAGUACGACUCGCCGUACAUUUACCCGAUCAACAACAAGUGUAUUUCACCAAUGAUAAUGCAGCAGAAGCAUUAAUGCACGCAGAGUUGAAAAGUACUACACUAAUAGGAUGGUUAAAUUUAAAUAACCAUAAACAAACUAAAAGUCCAUAUAUUUAUCCCGAAACACCUAUGCAUUAUGUUUGGAAUGGAAAGCAAUGGAAAAAACGAGUUAAAUAUCAGCCAGUCAUUGGCAGAAUGUACCAUGUAUCGCCUUCUGAUAGUGAACGGUAUUAUCUAAGAUUACUUCUACUCCACGUUAUUGGUGCUAAAUCAUUCGAAGACAUUAGAACAUAUAAUGGUAAAACAUUUCCUACCUUUAAAGAGGCAGCUAAACAUCGAAAUUUGCUAUCAGAUGAUUCAGAGUGGUAUCGCUGUUUAAGUGAAGUAUCCAUUUUUCAAAUGCCAAAGCAACUUCGACAAAUGUUUGCAUAUAUAUGUAUUUUUCAGAGACCUUAUGACACUAACGUUUUAUGGGAAACAUUUAAAGACGCAAUGAGUGAAGACUUUAUACAAGUUUCAAAUGCCACUAUUGCUUAUGCAAAAACCUUAUCAGAUAUUUCAUUAACAUUAAAAUUGCAUGGUCAGACAUUGAAAUCAAUCGGUUUACCAGAAUAUGAUGCUGCUAUUAUAAACAGCGAAUCAAAUCAACAAGAUACAUUACCAUUAUCAAUUCAACAUGAUUUAAUUGACAGCGCAAAUCAAGAACAGCGUGAUAUUAUAAGCACUAUUAUGAAAUGCGUGAGCCUUGAAAAUACAAGUGUUCCUAACGCAUAUUUCAUUGAUGGACCUGGUGGUACAGGGAAAACAUUCGUCUAUAAAUGUAUCAUUAACAGUUGUAUAGAAAUGGGUUAUGAUGUAAUUCCGGUUGCUUGGACUGGAAUAGUAGCAAUGUUGUUACCCGGAGGUCGCACAGUACAUAGCCGAUUUAAAUUACCUUUGAUAUUGACAGAUACUUCAGUUUCAUCAUUGAAGGUAAAUAGCAAAGAGGCAUCAACUAUUCGAAAAUCAAAACUUAUUAUUUGGGACGAAGCUCCUAUGGCAAGUGCGUAUGCGUUAAUGGUUGUCAAUCGAUUAUUAAAAGAUAUAAUGGAAAACGACGUUUUCUUUGGUGGGAAAGUUAUUGUCUUAGGAGGAGAUUUCAGACAAGUUUUACCAGUUGUCCCACAUGGCUCAAGACAGCUUACAAUACAAAACUGCAUAAAAAAUUCUCCGAUUUGGCCACAUUUUAAAAUUCUUAAACUAUUUAGAAAUAUGAGAGUAAACCAAAAUGAAAUUGAAUUUUCCAAGUUUUUGUUACAAAUUGGAAAUGGGCCAGAAAAAACGUAUUUAAGUUUAAAUACAGUGUCAAAAGACUGUGACGAUUUUUUGUUUCCGACAGAAUUUUUAGAUAGUUUACAUUUAAGUGGUUUACCACCGCACAGUUUAGUACUAAAGAAAGGUACUAUUGUAAUACUCCUGAGAAAUUUAAAUGUCACCUCCAAUCUAAUGAAUGGCACACGAUUUAUUGUACGAAAUAUGAACGAUCAUUCUUUAGACUUGGAAUCUAUAACUGGUCAAGGAACUGGUCAGCGUAUUUUAUUGCCUAGAAUUGAUUUGACCCCGUCAGAUUCUACUCUUCCCUUUUCAUUCACCAGACGUCAAUUUCCGAUAAGAAUAGCUUUUGCUAUGACAAUAAACAAAGCGCAGGGUCAAACAUUGGAUAAAGUAGGAUUGUAUUUACCCCAACCUGUGUUUAGCCAUGGUCAACUUUAUGUUGCCAUGUCCAGGGAAUUAAAAGAAAAAUGGAUCAAGGCUGUUAAUCGAAUUGAAAAAAAUGGAAAAUUAUGGAUCCCUAACCGUUAUAGUGUGAUUUGCAGUGCACAUUUUAUUGGAAAUAAUCGAUCCUCUGAUCAAAGAAGUCCUUCAUAUGUCCUUUCCUUAUUUCCACAAUUGUACAAAAGAAAAAUAUGUGAUGCAACCCAACAAGAAUCUCGAUAUCAUCUUAUUUUAAAACGUCAAAAAAAUAUUUGUGAUAGCGCUGUUCUUAAUCCUAAUGAUACAAAUGAAUGUUCUACGAGCCAAACAAGUCAAGUUCAUACUAAUAACAUAUUUUCAACCUGUGAUAUUAGUACUCAAGUUGGAUUUGAAGUAAUUAACACCAAUCAAUUUGUAUUUGAAUGUUCAUUUUUUGAUAAAAACAAUGUUAGUACUCAAAUUACUUCACAACAUACUAUAUCUUCUAACAAAUUUCAAGACAAAUUUAUAAUGAAGGCUGAUAAAUCUUGUGGUCCUGAAUCAAUUAAUACUAGUUCGUGUUUAUCUUGUGACAAAUUUCAUGGGUAUUAUUCAAUUAAAAAUGAAAAUGCUCUAAAAGAUUUGACUGGCACAACAUUUAAAGUAUUUGAUUUAUUAUGUUCAAUGAUUCCUAAAAUUUUUUAA